AGAAGCGUGGGUUCUGGUGGUGGAAGGAAGGCCCUGUAAGGCACUGCAUCGAGUGCAAGGCUGCCGCGAACACAUUUUGCAUUUUGCCCUGUUGUACGGGCUUCAGGGCAGGAGCCCCUGUUAGCUUUGACAGGCGCCUCCAGGGAGGCUGCUGCCCAGGGCUCUGGUGCAUUUCUGAGCCCGCCUCUCAUCCGGGAGAGCCGGCCUUUCCUGGGUUUGCUGGCCCCUGAGGGAUGGACCGUGUGAGGAGUGUCCUUGGCCCCAACCCGGUCCUGCGAGCGCAGCUCCUUGGCACCAGGGCCGCGGAGGCUCCACCCCCACCAGCUGCUGCGUUAUUUCUGACUCAUCCAGGAGUUACAAGUGUGUAACCCAAACCCCUCCACGCCCGGCUUCCUCCCCACUGGCUCCUCCUGGAGGGAGGAAACCCCGGGACGUCUCUCCCGGGACCUCGCCGCUGCAGGUCGGGUCCCCACCGCACCUGGACACACUGCCGCUCACAGGAGCCACCCUGUGACAGCAGUCCCCAGAGCUGGCCAGGGGAUGAACCGCGAGGGGGCCUCCGGGAAGAGUCCGGAGGAGAUGUACAUUCAGCAGAAGGUCCGAGUGCUGCUCAUGCUGAGGAAGAUGGGCUCCAACCUGACGGCCAGCGAGGAGGAGUUCCUUCGCACCUACGCGGGGGUGGUCAACAGCCAGCUCAGCCAGCUGCCCCAGCACUCCAUCGACCAGGACUCACUCUUGCCUCCUGGGAUGGCUGGUGCUAUUUUUGUGCCUGCAGCUCAGCACAGAGGCCCAAGGUCCCUGCAAGCAAGCCCACAGGACAGGACAGGAAAGCAGUGCGGAGGACGUAGUGAUGGCGUUUUCCAGGUCGGAGACGGAGGACCGGAGGCAGUAGCUGCAACCCCGGUGGAACACCCUGGAAGCUGGCCAAGGCCAGGAGAUCUGUGUGGACCUCACCGCUGAGUGGCAGAGGGUCAUCUCCCCUCCCCUUGGCUCCCCACCCCACCCCACCCUGCCCCACCCCACGGCCACUCAGCAUCCUCGGGGGAGACACCAACGGUGUGGUCACGAUUGGCUUAAAGGGACGGACUCAUGAUUGGCUGCAGGAAGAAACCUUUUUAUUUUUAAAUCUUGACCAAUGGAAACCUUUUUAUUUUUAUUUUCUGACUAUUAUUUUAAAAAAAGGAAAAAAAAUUCGCGCCUCGGGUGUAUGGCUUCCCAAGAAGCUCUCCGAGCUCUGGUGCUUUAUUUGGGUCACUCUUUAGGAACAUGAGGAGGUCCGAUUGGCGGCUUAAACUGGAAAAGGAUUUGAUUGGCUGGCUAAUGGGAACCUUUUUUUUUUUUUCUUUUUUGAUUGGCUGCAGGUGUUAGGCUGAUCACACCAGCUCCUCUCUUUUGAGUGUCGAAAACAGGGUUUGGGACAUUGGUUGUUAUAUUUGACUUGAAAAAAAGAAAGAAAGAAACCAAGUGCGCUUUGCAAUAUUUAUUACACAAAGAGCCUGCUGCUGUU